UCAAACCGAAAGUACUUUCCAGCCAGGUGAAUAACGGGAUGGUCGUGUGGCCAUGAUCGUCCUGGAUUUCUUCAAACAGGUUAUAUACGUUUCAGCUUCUGAUGAUGGCCGAGCCAACAUCCCGGGCACAGGAGAUCAUCUCCUGUGACCUUUGUGUCAAGCCUACCCAGCAGUUCUGUAACAACUGUCAACUCAGUUUGUGUGUGGACUGUGUUAGUAAACAUGUGGACAAGCUCAAGUACCAACAACAUGACAUCGUUCAUUUCAAAGAUAGAAAGGUAGAUUUUCCUGAGUGUGAAUUUCACACCAACCAGAGAUGUGAGGUUCACUGCCAGCAAUGUGAUGUUCCAGUUUGCCUGAAAUGCAUGCGUGGUCCCCAUAAUGGACACAAAAUUGAAGAUAUUCCGGAAAUUUUUAGUGACAAGAAAAAGGAACUUGAAAAGGAAAUCAGAGAAAUUGAAUCCACCAUUAUUCCGCAGUACAAGAAGAAAAAUGAAGAAACAGAACACACAUUAUCCUAUAUAAUGGCCGAAUUUGAUGAACUCCAAAGAGAAGAAGAAAAACAUAGAAAAUUCUGGCACCAAGAAGUGGACAACAUUUUCAAUAAGUUCGGUUCAUUGAUGAAGUCCAGAAAAGCGAAUCUCCUGGCUGCUCUAAACUCUCACCAAUCCAAAUUAACAAAUCAAAUUCCAAACAUGACCGAAACAGUUCAACAAAACAAAGAAAUUCUGAGGUCAAACAAUGUGUCUGCAGUCACUAACUACAAAUCCAAACUCGAGGAAUACAGAAACAUGCCUACUGAUAUUGAUGUCAAACUGCCAUCACUCAAAACCAACACAGUUCAAGGGAGAGAACUCAGCCUGGAAUUAGGAGAAUACAAGGCUAGCCUGACACAGACAACACUGCCCAGUCUGACAGAGGAAGUCUCCCAUUUAUCUUUACCUAAGAUGUUAGAGCAAGCCAAAUCAGUUACAACCAUUCCUGCUAGAGUUAAUCCUCUACUCCAUGUUGCCUGUGUGAGAGUGAAUGAGGCCUGGGUUAGUGAUAAAGAUAAAACAAUAAGACGUGUUGGCAUACACGGGUCUGUACGAGACACUGUCACCACCACAUGUUUAUACUGGCCUGAUGACAUCACAGUGACUAGACAGGGAGAACUGGUAUACAGUGAUAGUCGCAAUAGAACUGUGAACAUUGUCAAACACGGGAGAACAGAGACACUGAUAACCACACCACAGGGCUGGCAUCCAGACAAACUAUGCUGUACUAAGUCAGGGGACAUCCUGGUCAGUAUGGGUACUACUGAUGAUAGCCAAAAUAAAAUUGUCGGUUAUCAGAAACACACAGUGAAACAGGAAAUAGAUAGAGAUGAAGAUGGAGAACCAAUCUAUAAAGGAGGAGAUUACUCACUGUAUGUGGUGGAGAACAACAAUGGAGACAUCUGUGCCUCUGAUAAUAAUGCUGACACCGUGAUCGUGGUGGACAGGUCAGGAAGAGUCCGAUUCCGAUACGACGGUACACCAGCCAGGAGGAAGAAGUCAUUUAAUCCUAAACAUAUAGUGACAGACUCCAUGAGUCAGAUCAUUGUGGCAGAUUACAAUAAUGCCUGUCUACAUAUCCUGGAUCAGAACGGACAGUUCCUGAGAUGUGUGGAUAAUUAUGGACUAGAUAAUCCUAACGGACUGAGUGUGGACAGUGAGGGGAGGCUGUGGGUAGGGUUACGUGAUUCAGGAGAAGUGAAAGUGAUUCAGUACAUGAAAUAAACACGUGAUAUCACAUACAGGCAUCAGAAAAUGACAGAGAUCACACGGUGCUCUUGAUACAUACAUGUCUUGGUGAUAUCAUUAUAUAAAACACUUAAUACUAACCCAAUGGGGGCACUGGCAAUAUGCAAAGUCCACUUUGCCUGUGCUACCGGUAUUUGUCAUGCAAAGAUAAACCUGAUAUCUCUGCUUUUUCAUGGAAGCCAAGCAAAAGGACUUUACAUAAAACUGUAGUGUCAUCAAUUUAAAACAACAAUGCACCCGUGUAAGAGUCUAAAACAUUUCUUUCUUAAUAAUGACACAAUUAUCAGUAUUAGUUGCACAUGAAUUUAAUCAAUAAUGUACACAUGCUAUAGGUAGUAUUUUAUGUCGAAAGUAUAAUUAUAAUGACAAAUUACAUCAAAUAAUAUCUCGUUAAAAAUCAUAUGGAGGAGUUCUACUUAAGUUUGAAAUACUUAAUUCUUGGAUGUACCCUGCAUCAAAAUGUUUCAGAGACUUGUCCAGCCCUUUAAAGUUUUGAACACUCUGACUUUGUCCUCUAAAUCAUGAACUCAUACAAAGAUGAAAAUGAAAGUGCAGGUGGUUUCACAUUAUUUGAUGGACCUAACAGCUGAUAACGAUCUUGUUGAAUGGUGGCAAUUUUUCUUUAAACUGCGUAAGUGCAGGGUCAGAGGAAGAAAAGACCUCAACAAUGGGAAAGAGAGCAUCUGUAGAAGUACUGUUUGCAAGAAUAUCGCAAAUUAGAUCAUCUUUUUCCUUCUUCUUAAAAUCGAUGUCGCUAUUGAUUUUAAAAUGUUAAUAUUUGUUUUCUUUAUGUUCUCCCGCGUCGCCAUACUUGUUACACGCAUGAUAACUGACGUAAACUUGGCAACCUAUCUAAUUUUAUGUAAAGCUACCUUUAAUACAGGAAUUAUCAAG